ACGCGCUGAUCCGAAGCCAGGAGCCAGGUGCCUCUCCCGGUCUCCCAUGCGGGUGUAGGGCCCAAGGACUUGGGCCAUCCUCCACUGCACUCCCUGGCCACAGCAGAGAGCUGGCCUGGAAGAGGGGCAACCGGGACAGGAUUGGUGCCCCGACCGGGACUAGAACCUGGUGUGCCGGCACCACAAGGCGGAGGAUUAGCCAAUUGAGCCGCGGCGCUGGCCAGCUCAAUCACUUCUUACAACGCUGUGAGUUGGAAUUGCAGUCUUGCAGUCUCACCAAUGGACCUGAUUGGUUUUGGUUAUGCAGCUCUUGUGACCUUUGGAAGCAUUUUGGGAUAUAAACGGAGAGGUGGUGUUCCGUCUUUGAUUGCUGGCCUUUUCAUUGGAUUUUUGGCUGGCUAUGGUGCUUACCGUGUCUCCAAUGACAAACGGGAUGUAAAACUGUCACUAUUUACAGCUUUUUUCCUGGCCACCAUAAUGGGUGUGAGAUUUAAGAGAUCCAAGAAAAUAAUGCCUGCUGGGCUGGUUGCAUGUUUGAGCCUCAUGAUGAUCCUGAGACUUGUCUUGUCGCUGCUGUGAGCAUCCUGAGGAGCUGAAAACAAACUUCCUGCCAUCCUAUCGUAAGGACAGAGCACAUUCUCUGUAUAUAUGUGAAUUUCACUGUGGAAUGUGAAGUCUUACUUUAUGCCAGCAACAGAAGUAAUGCCAUAUAAACACUAGUUAGAGGCUUUUUUUAAAAAAUAAAUUGUUUUGUAAUUGCCAAGCACUAUUUUCAUUAAAGGCAUUUAAUGCAUUAUUUCCUUUGCUGUAUCUAUUUUAUAUAGGUGGUUUUUUUUCUUGUACAAUAUCAAAUACUCAUGAUUCAAGUAAAUUUACAUUAAACCAUGACUUAGCAGAUAAAGGAAUUUCUUAAGAGUGUUUGAACAAAGUAAAUGUGUUUGUCAUGUUUUAGAAAUUGUUAGAAUUAAUAUUUUUCCAUUUUAAUUGUUUCCUUUAAGAAAAUUCCAUUCUUGGCACAUUCUGUGUCCU